AUGGCCUCGAAGCAUAAUUUAAACAUCGAAGAUCUUCUGUCCGGGUUUGAUUCGAUGAAAAUCUCUGCACUGAGGAAUGCUGCUAAAUUAUCCCCACACAUAAAGGAACGUACCAUUGGUCCUGAUUGUGCUGAUCUUUCCAGAAAGAAAAGCAUCGAAAAGUCACCCAUAAAAGUGGAAAGCUUCGAUGAUACUAUCAAAGAAAAUGAUCCAAACGUUUCGAAUGAAUGUGCUAGCACGAACGGUACACCAAAGUCAGCGGAAAAGAAGAAAGCUACCACAUCACAAUUUGCACCCAUCACACACACCGAAGUGACGGAUUGUGCGGCGGUACAGUUGAAACAGCAUCAACAGGACAUUGAGCGGCAGAGGUUGGCCAACGUUCAGAAGACCCUUGCCGAACGGCAAACCAAAAUACGGUUAGCCGAUGAGGAACGUGAAGCACAGCUUACAAAAAACCUACAAGAAGCAGCCCUAAAUGCUGCCCGUAAGGAAAAGGAUAUCGAGCAACGCUUGCUAAACGCCAUCAAAGAACAGGAACGGCAAGCUCAGGAAGCGUCGGCCCAAAGGCAGGCCGAAAUUGAGCAGGAAAAUAGAAGAUUAAGCGACAUUCAAGCGCAGUUAAAACGGCGCCAGGAGGAGAUACGCAGGAAAGCACUGCUGCUAGAUACGAUACGUCAACACAUUGGACAAUUUCGGCAGGGUACGGAAACGUUCACCAAAGCACUGACCGUGAUCGGUGUGCAGCAUGCAACGAAAUUCACCAACCAGAAAAAAGCGGUCCGGAUGUUACAGAAGGACUUCGAGCAGCUGCUGCAAACAAUAAAUUCCAACCAGGAAGUUAGUCAAACGGAGGUCGAUCAGGCAACGGAUUACUGCAAGCUGCUGGAUCAGGUAAAUGCCGAAGUAACGGAAAUAUUGGCCCAAAUCGAAACCAGUCAGAAGCAGCAACAAGAGCAGGAGAAACUGGAACAAGCGAAAGCGUCGGAAACGCCAGCUCCAUCAACUCAGGAGCAGCCGCAACAACAAACCGAUCCAAAACCAACCGAUAGUACGGAUAGUGCGACUGGCGCAACACAACCAGUUGCAUCAACUAUACAGGCAGCAGAAAAUGAACCUUUCUUCCAGCCGGUUUCGGCAGAGUGUUUGCAGUUUUACAACGAAAUAAAAAGCUUCUACGAACAGCACCAGACGGCGGUAAAGCAACUGAUGGACGAUCCUUCCAUGAAAACGUAUCGUUUCAACUGUCAAAAAGCGAUCAAUGUUCCGGUGAACGCCAUAUCCGCCGUCAAUCGGGAGCAUUUUAUCGACAAGUACAACAAGCUGGCGGCUCUACUUAGUGGCCAGAACGUUAAGGCUGGUGAUGGAAUGGUGUCCAUCAAUGGGCAUCCACUCGGUCGGACGUACUGUACGAUGCUUUUGGCGAAAAAAUUUGUGAGUCAAGCGGAUACGAGUAUUUCCAGUAACGCGAGUGCCGCCUUUCCUGUGGCUGCCAUCGCAGUCGCACUUUGGCAACGAUUUCCCGAUUUUGGACGGUUCUUCCUAGCGUAUCUGCACCGUGAGUGUCCCUACCUGGUGCCGUACUAUCUGCCCCAGCACGAAGGCCAGAGUCAGGAAGAUUUUCUCAAAACGCUUGGCUAUCGAUUCGCGGACGGUGGCGUGCUCGAAAAGCAGGACCAAUAUCUGAAGCGUAUGUCCGGCUUGGCGAGGCUCUAUGCAGCCGUCAUCAUUACCGUGCCGCGUAAGGACGAUCCGACGCCCCAUCCGCACGGGCUCGAGUAUGGUUGGCGCUGGUUAACGAACAUACUGAACCGCUUCCCGCAGCCCGACAUUUGCGCAACGCUGAUAGCGGAAUUUAUGCAGACGGCCGGUUCGGAUCUGCACGCUGCGUAUGGGAAGCAGUUCAUAAAGGUGCUACAGGUGCUGCAGGGUGACUACAUGACUGCAUUGAACCGCAUCGAUACGGGCGGACCGAAGGCACGGCUGGAAGGGCUCAUAAAGAAAAUUUUAACCGAAGGUCGUAUCGAUCGACCGGAAGGAAUAAUGAGCGUUAAUUUCUGGUAG